AUGAAGGCGGCGGGCGCCACGGCGGCGCUGGGCACUGCCAGGGUGUACUGGCAGGGAGCCCACGCCACUCACCUGGUGUCGGGCCGGCCGUUCCAGUCGCCGCUGGGCAAGCUGCACGCAGAGGGCCUGGCGCUGCUGGGUUCGGCUGGGUGGACGCGCGUGCCUGCCGCCGACCCACGUGUGCCCGGGUUCGCGCUGACCACCCGCAAAGGCGCCGACUUCCCCGCCGCCGGCGCCGGCCUGCCUGCGGUGCGCCAGUUCCCGCAGCGCUGCACCGCGGUGCUGGAUGACAAGCGGCUGCUGGCAGAGUGCCUGGAGGCAGAGGGCUGCCCCCACCUGGCGCCUCGCACCUGGCCAGAUGCGGAGUCCUUCCUGCACCAGCACAGCGCCAGCACGACGGCACAAGCGCCAGCAGACUGGCAGCUAGCAGCGGGAGGCUCUCGGCGCGGCCUGUGGUUCCUGAAGCACCGCCACGGCGUCAAGGGCCAGGCAGUCCACCCAUUCACCUCGCUGCCUCCCCUGCUGGAGCGGCUGCGCAGCCUGGGCGGCGGCGGCGGCGGUGGUGGCGGCAGGCAGCAGUGGGUGGUGCAGGAGGGCGUGUCGCCGCCGCUCCUGCUGCCUGACGGCCGUAAGUUCAUGCUGAGGGCGCACGUUCUGCUGCUGCUGCUGGGCAGCUCCCGGCAGGAGCAGGCGCAGGGGCAGCCGCAGGCCCAACCUGCCGGGUUGGCGGGGGCGGCAGGCGCAGCAGGGCAGCUGGCGGCCUGGGUGCACCGAGAUGUCAUCGUCACGCCUCAUGCCCGCCCGCUGUGCCAGCCAGCAGCAGGAGCAGGCGAAGCAGCAGCAGGCGCAGCGGACCCGGCAGUGCAUGUGUCCUCCCGAGGCAGCAGCCACCCCCGCCCCUACCUGCUGUCCGAGCUGCGGCUGGGCGCGCAGCAGCAGCUGGAUGCAGAGGGCCAGCGGGCUGGGCAGCAGCGAGGGCCAGGUGAGCCCUGGGAGACAGGCAGCGGCAGCCUGCAGCGGCAGCUGUGGCACCGAGUGUGCGAGAUCAGCGCGGCCGCGGUGGCGGCGGCGGCGCGGCGGGGGCUGGUGCCUGGAGAAGCCGACCAGCGAGCCACGCUGUACCACCUCUUGGCCUUUGACUUUGGUGUGGCGGAUGCGGCUGCUGCUCCGCCACCAGACCCUGCUGGCCAGCCCUCUGGGCAAGGGGCAGCAGCAGCCACGCCGGCGGCAGGGGCCGUGCAGCCGCCCCGGCAGCCCCAGGUGCUGCUGCUCGAGGCCAACAGCUACCCAGCAAUCGCUAGCGGCACCAUGGCGGCUGUGCCGCGCGCCGUGUACACCCGCCUGAUGGCAGACCUGCUCAGCCUGGUGGUGCUGCCGGGACUGCGGCGGGCACAGGCGGCGGAGCAGACGGCGGCGGAGCAGGCGGCGGCAGAGCCAGAGGCGCCUCAAGAGGGCGGCUUCUGCCGGGUGCUGUGA